AUGAGGCCUGUACUUGCGCGAGCCGUGAAAGAGACAGGAGGGUUCUUGGUGAGCAACGGCGGCCUUCUGGAUCGGGGUCUUCGCAGUAGAGGCGGAAAUGUAUGUCCAAAGUGCAACGCGAUUGGUGUCAGCACAGAUCAACCCAGCAAGUCUGGAUGUCUUAGCCGUCGUGUUAACCGGGCCGAGCACGUGAUGGGUCAUUCUGCGACAUUUAAUGCUGCUGUCUUGUCCCUGACCGGAGAGGUCCUGUGCUCCGACGCGGACAAAGGCCAAUGGAGGUGCGCCCCAGGUGUUAGUGUGUUCACGGUGCAUGUCGUUUUCCGUGCAACUGACCGCCUGACGAAUACUGACGAUCUGAGUCAAGCUGAGCAAUGCUGCAGAGACAUGAUCUGCCGUGCAAGCAACAAGUAUCGGUGUUUGGGCGUGUGCGCAUCACGCAUCAUGCUUGACAUAUUGACGUUUGACCACCGGCAGCUUCCGUCAGAUCACCGUGCGGCUCGGUCAAGGCUCGGAAAAGGCCAAACCCACGACAUGGAGUAA